AUGCCUGAAAAACGGCCUGCUAGUGAUGAUUUAAUAGAGGACUUUCUUGAUUCCGAACCCGACGAUUCGUUGGAUGAGGACGAGAAAGGAAACCAAUCUCAGAGAGGGCACAACGUGUUAGCACAGUUCACGCAGGAUCCACAGGCUAACAAGAGGAGAAGACUAGCUGAGGCAAUUUCCAGUUCACAGGUCUCGACAGGCUCACAGUCCAAUAAUGUGAGAGAGUCUACAGCUGGUGUUAUUGAGUCUAUCAGGAUGACCAACUUCAUGUGCCACAGCAACUUCGAGGUCACCUUAGGACCACAGACUAACUUCAUUAUCGGGAAGAACGGUAGUGGAAAGAGCGCUGUGCUCACGUGUCUAUCGGUCUGUUUGGGGGCCAAGGCGAACGAAACGGAUCGUGGGUCCAAUUUAAAAGCCAUGAUCAAGAAUGGUAAGAACACAGCGCGUUUAUCAGUCACCUUUAAGAACGAAGGAAUGGAGUCGUAUUUGCCAGAGGUGUACGGAAACAGAAUCAUCGUUCAGCGUUUCCUGAAAAGAGAUGGAACUUCGGGUUAUUCCAUGAAGAGUGUUGCAAAUAAGACUAUAUCCACGAAAAAGGCAGAGCUGGACGCCAUGUUGAACCAUUUUGGAAUCACCAUCACCAAUCCGAUGACCGUGUUAACCCAGACAGAGGCGAAGCAGUUCUUGGCUAGUUCUACAAGUGAGCACAAGUUCAAGUACUUCAUGGCUGGUACCAGGCUUGAUAUUGCUGUCUCCGAUUGCACCAAGACUGACCAGGACCUUAAAGAUGUGCGCUCCAUGCUUUCUAGAAAUAGCUUGAUUUUGGAGGAGUCAGCAAAGAACUUCAAAGCUGCACGUGAUAUGUACGCCCGACUACAGUCUACGGAUCAGAACAGGCAGAAAUUGAGAACGCUGCUGGGUAGGAUGAAGUGGUGGAAGCAACUGAAAAUGCAGGAGCAACUAGAUCACAAAUUGGCGAAUAAAGAGAAAUUGCAGGCCCUGAUGGACCAGGCUCGAAGGAAGGCUGAUGAAGCUCAAAACUCGAUGCUUGCUUUGGAGACCGAACUUCAGACCAUUUCCGAUACGAAGCUUGAGGCUGAAUCAGAGUGCAAUCGCUUGGAAGCAGUCUUGUCGAGCACAAAGGACACCGCAAAAGCUACACAGAAACAGAGCGGUGUUUUGGAAGCCAGACUCAAGGCUUGUACAGAUGCAAUUAAGGAGACCAACGAAAACCUUCAAACCCUGGAAAAAAGGAUCAAGAUGGAAGAAGAACGUUUAGAAAAUAGCGAUACUAGCACUACGGAUGGUUUGCUGGUGCAAAAAUCUGGCCUUGAAAGACAACUUACUUCACUAGACCAGGAAAAAGCCCAGCUGGCUUCUCGCAAAAAAGCAGAAAUCGCCUUGCACAAAGCAAGAUUGAGCGAGAUAACUGAGACGAUUGCCGAGAAAGAUAAAUACAUCAAGGACCUCAGAAAGGAGCUUUCCCAGAAUUUUGGUCGACAAAGGGAUAAGUACUGGGCAUAUGGUCCUGGUUUGCGUCAUCUUUUGGAUGAAAUACAAAGGACUAAGACUUUUCACAGCACGCCGUUUGGUCCUCUUGGAUUGUCAGUAUCUAUGAAACCAGGUAAGGAGGGUUGGUCACAAAUAGUUGAGAAUGUGUUGAACAGACAAAUGAGUAGUUUCUUGGUGCAAGAUUUCCAUGAUCAGAAAAUAUUGUCAGGAUUGUUUCGCAAACACAAAUAUUUUGGCGAUAUACUUGUCAGGCAAUUAGAGACAUUCGACUACAGAAACUCUUUGCCCUCCUCAGAUUUGACCAGCAUCAUGGAUGUGCUAAACUUUCAAGAUGAGAAUGUGAAAUGUGUGUUUAUCGACGAGGCCAAGAUCAACUUUACAUGUUUGAUGACUGAUCGUUCGCAAGCAGAAGAAGCACUCAUAAAACGGCCCAGAAAUGUGAAAGCUUUCCUGGUUCCUUAUGACAGGGGUUCAGCAACCAGAUUGAUGUUGGGUGAUAACUCUAACAUUCUGGCAGAUCCCAUAAAGUUUGCCCCUGCCAGGAGCUCCAAAUUGGGGUCAAGUGAUCCAGAAGAAGCGCUCAAGCAGGAGGUUGCCCGUCAACAACAGGAGAUGAAUGAGUUGAUUGCAGAGAAGACUACACUGAUUGCAUCCAGCAAUACCGAAAAGGCUGGUAUUGAGAAGUCAUUGAAGCAAAUUACGCAUAAGAUCACUGAGACAACAGAUGAAUUAAAUGAUCUGAUUGCGCUCAUAGAAGAUGAAAGUACAGAUAGCGGUAAGCUUAAAGGGCUUACCGAAGACAGAGAUGACUACAUUUCUCGAAACAUUGCCCAUAAUGAGACGUUGACUGCAUUGAAGGCAGAAAGGGAAAACAACGGUAACAGACUCAUGGGAAUCGAAGCUCGUUACAGGGCCGAGAAGGAAGCUCUCAAAGCACAGCAGCAACGUGUUUCUGAUCUCAAGAAACUUAUGGAGGAACGCCACGACAAGCUCGCUGAAUUUGAGGGUGAAUCCAAUCAUUAUACCAUUAGUUAUAAGCAAAAGAGUGAAAAGAUGGAGAUUCUGGAGAAUACCAUCAUGGCUUUGGAAGAAAACUGUGGUGAUUUGCACCGGGCCGCGGCGCAGGUUUGCACUCUUGAAGAGUCUGGUGCCAACACUGAAACUCAGACAGAAGACUCUAUCAGGCAGGAAUACGUCGCAACGAAAGAGGCCGUGGACUCCAUUGAGAAGUCAUUAGGAAUGACCAGAGAGCAGGUGAUCAGCGACGUCAAGGCGAAGCGUGAAAAAUAUCUACAUGCGAAACAGAGUCUGGGUGAGGCCCAAUCAAUGGCUGAGAAACUGGGUGAAUCUUUACGUGAAAGAAAGCAGAAUCUCAAGACUACUCGCAAGAGACUCUGUAUGGAAGUGAAUGAAGCAUUCCAGCAGGCGCUCUCAAUCAGGGCAUUUGUGGGAGAACUCGAGUUUGACUUUGAGAAUGGAAAGCUAUCCAUGAUGGUAUCUACCAAGCCGGGGGAGAAGAAGAGAAUGGUUGAGUCUCUUUCUGGAGGAGAAAAGUCGUUUACCCAGAUUGCAUUCUUACUGGCAUUAUGGAAACCGAUGCAGAGCAGAAUCCGUGGACUUGACGAAUUUGACGUGUUUAUGGAUCAAAUUAACAGAAGGCUGUCGCUGAAGAUGAUCCUGGACAAGGUGAGCAAGAAUCCAUACUGUCAGACCCUGUUCAUCACCCCAUUGGAUGUCGGUGAUGUUCCUGGUGUUGAUUCUCCUACGGUGCACAUCCAUCAGAUCGCAGAUCCCGAGAGAAAUGUUGCAUGA